AUGAUGGAAAAUAUCGAGGACAAGUAUAUUGGCCUCGGCCUGGCUAUCUUCUCGGCCAUGGCGAUUGGCACUAGUUUCGUUAUAACGAAAAAGGGCUUGAUACAGGCAGAGGAGAGGCAUGGUUUCGAGGGCGAUGGCUUUGUCUAUCUCAAGAACCCUCUUUGGUGGGCAGGCAUAUCUACGCUCGGACUCGGAGAAAUCUUCAACUUUGCAGCGUAUGCUUUCGCGCCGGCAAUCCUCGUCACGCCCUUGGGAGCCUUGAGCGUCCUGAUCGGCGCGGUGCUGGGAUCCUAUUUCCUAAAAGAAGAGCUGGGGACACUGGGACGGCUAGGCAGUGCCAUCUGCUUAAUCGGUGCAGUGGUCAUCGUUUUGCAUGCGCCACCAGACGAGAAUAUUGAGACCGUUGAUGAGAUCCUCAAUUAUGCGAUACAGCCUGGCUUCCUGCUCUACGCCAUCUCCGUGGUCAUCUUUGCUGUCUUUAUGAUCUACAAAGUUGCCCCGAAACAUGGCAAGGAUCAGCCCAUGAUUUACAUCUCCAUCUGCUCCACCGUUGGCUCGGUCUCGGUCAUGUCCGUCAAGGCUUUCGGCAUUGCUCUGAAGCUCACAUUCGCUGGGCAUAAUCAGUUCUCUCAUCCCUCGACAUACGUGUUCAUGAUUCUCACGGCUGUGUGCAUCUUGACACAAAUGAACUAUUUCAACAAGGCUUUGGCAUCGUUCCCCACCAAUAUUGUCAACCCCCUUUACUACGUCACCUUCACUACAGCAACGCUCUGCGCCUCCUUCAUUCUUUUCAGGGGCUUCAAUACUGCGAAUGUCGUCAACACGUUGUCUUUGCUCUGCGGCUUCUUGAUCACCUUUGCCGGUGUAUACUUGCUCAAUCUGUCUCGGGGAGAUCCGCAUGGCCAGAAGCUCGCGGCCCGCCGAGUCCAUGACGACGCCAUUGGUACAGACAUGGUCUCAAGCUUUCAGACUCGCCGCAGCAUGCAAGCUCGUCGCAGUGGUGAGAUGGGACGCUUCAGCCUUAGCAGCCAGAAUGGUGACCGCGAGGGUCUCAUCCGCGCCUACGAUGCGGAAGAAGCGAAUGGCUUCGGCCUGACAGACCUGGCGGAAGACAGCGGGAGUGAGAGUGGGGAUCGCAGACCGAAUGGCAGUGCUCAUGCCAACGGCAACGGCAAGGCGCGUCAAGAGACCAUUGAGAUGGACACCCGGUAG